AUGCUGGAAAGUCUCAUCGAUAGCGGGAACUCCGCCGAAGACACCGAGGGCUGGGAGCAGCGAACAUUCGGCUGGACAGAAUCCAUAGAUGAAGCUUUGAAAACGGCGACAAUCAACUCGGUGUUGAGCGGCAAUGACACGCUGUUGUUGAUGAGCACCGGCGGCGGGAAGAGUCUGUGCUACCAGUUGCCAGCCGUGAUUGCAAAAGGUCUCACCUUGGUCGUAUCACCGCUUCUGUCAUUAAUCGAAGACCAAUUGCUACACCUGAAAGAGUUGGGCAUUGAGGCGGCUACGAUAAAUGCCAACACUUCGAAAGAAGAGGUUAAAAGAAUUGAAGAUGCGAUCACACGAAGAGAUUCAACAUUUCGGAUCCUCUACGUUACACCUGAGAAGCUGGCAAAAAGCAAGCGGUUCAUGAAUAAGCUUGAGAAAAGCAAUGAAAUUGGAUAUAUGAAGCUUAUCGCGAUCGACGAGGUCCAUUGUUGUUCUCAAUGGGGCCACGAUUUUCGGCCAGACUACAAAUUCCUCAACGUCCUCAAGCGACAAUUCAAAGAUGUUCCAAUCCUUGGUUUGACGGCGACAGCAACGGCAGCCGUUCUCGACGACGUGAAGAAAAUGCUCGGAAUUCCCGCUGCCCUCGUCUUCCGGUCCAGCUUCAAUCGGCCAAAUCUGAAAUACGAGGUCUUCCCGAAAACCGUGGAUGGCGUCAUGGUGCUCGCUAAGCUGAUUAAGGACCGAUUUGAUGGACAGUCGGGAAUUGUCUACUGUUUUUCGCGGAAAGACACCGAGGAGACAGCCGAUUCGCUACGGAAAUCGGGGCUGAGGGCGUUCUGCUAUCAUGCCUAUAUGGAAGAUCACGAUAGGAAAACGGUUCAUCAGCGCUGGGUUGCCGGAAACGUACAGAUCAUUGUCGCCACAGUGGCUUUUGGAAUGGGAAUCGAUAAACCGGAUGUGCGUUUUGUAAUCCACUACACCUUGCCGAAAUCUAUCGAAAAUUACUAUCAGGAGAGUGGACGAGCAGGCAGAGAUGGGCAACCGGCCACUUGUAUUCUUUUCUGGCGUAUUCAGGACAUGUUCAAACAAAGCACAUCUGUCUCGGCCGAACGUGGCGGCGUUCAGAAUCUCUACUCCGUUGUGGAUUAUGCGACUGGUGCAUCUGAUUGCCGUCGAAUAGCUCUAUCCAGUCAUUUUGAGGAGCCAUGGGAGACGGAUUGGUGUGGAAAAAAAUGUGACAUAUGUUGCGGCGAGCAAGAGGCUGAAGAAGUGGAUGGAUACGAGAUCCUAGAAAACGCGGUGGCUAUUAUGAAAAAGGAAAAGGACAAUCCGAAGAAGAGCAGCAACGGCAAGUUGACCGGAAAAAUGCUGGUCGAUAUGCUUGUACGUGACAACGGCCAAAAGCAGAUACUCAUCGAGUGCGUGCUGGCCAGGCUUCUCGUCCUGGGAUACCUGGCGGAAGAUUUUCACUACACCGCUUACUCCGUCAUCAGCUACAUGGAAGCCGGCCCCAAGUACAAGCAGCUUACGGCCAAGACAUUGCCGCUGAAGAUCAGCAAAGCGCUACCGGGCACAAACAGUCGGAAACGGCCACUAGCUGAA